AUGCUCACUCUGUCUGAGAUACUCGGCGCCUGGUCCGUCUUUAGUAUCGCAAUUUUUCCCUUGUCUGCAAGGUGUGCUGAAGCAGCGGGAGUGACCAACACUUAUGACGGCUCCUCGGACACUCGCGUUAGACUCCAUGAUAAUUGGAAAUUCUGGCGCUCUGAAAAAAUACCGGACAAGAUUGUCUAUGAGCGACGUUCAGAUGCCGAUGACGAUGGCUUGUCCAUCGUGAAGGACUGGAUUCUCCCUACUGCAAACGAGUUCAUCAUCAACCGGGAUGAUCAUCAUGAGUGGCCCUCGGAACAACCAGAUAUCGAUAUCGACUACGUGAAGAAGGCUUACGAUGAUACGGACUGGGCCAACGUCACCGUCCCCCACGACUGGGCCAUUGAACUCGGCUUUCUUGAUGACGACGAUAUCAUCCCUCGCUCCAUGGGCCAGCUUCCAGUGCACGGGGUGGGCUACUACCGUCGAACCUUGCAAGUAACUGCAGAGGAUCUUGGAAAAAAGACAAUAUUCCUAGAAUUCGACGGUGCAAUGUCGUACCCCAUGAUCUGGGUUAACGAGCAACUAGUUGGCGGUUGGGCCUUUGGGUAUACAUCCUUUCGCCUUGACAUCACAAAGUAUCUAAACACCGGUGACAACUACCUUGCCGUGCGGGUGGAGAAUCCCCGAGGCGCAUCUGAGCGCUGGUAUACUGGUGCUGGCCUUUACCGAAAUGCCUGGCUCACAAAGGUUGAUAAAACACAUGUUAAGCGGUGGGGUACUGUUGUUACCACAAAGGAAGUGUCAAAACGGACAGCGACUGUUGAUCUAUCUGUCCAAGUCGACAACCAGAAAGACGAUAGUGUAGACGUCACUGUUGCAACCCACGUCUACGAACUCGAAUCUGAAACUGGUCAGCAAGGACGACGCGUGGCAAGCUUUCCCCGGCAGACAAUCACUAUUGGCAGCAGUGAGACCGCCCAAGUCAACGGUUCUGUCCGAAUUAGAAACCCUCGCUUAUGGGGCCCUCCUCCCUCUCAGUCCCCUCGUAUGUAUCUCGCGGUUACCCAGAUCUGGCAAGGAAAGUCGCUAUUGGAUUCAUACGAGACCCGGUUUGGUGUACGGUCGCUUACGUACGAUCCUAACAACGGCCUUCUUGUGAAUAACCAGCCUAUCCGUAUUCAGGGGGUGAAUCAGCAUCAUGACCUGGGCGCCUUAGGUGCAGCUUUUAAUAAGCGUGCAGCUACGCGUCAAUUAGAGAUGCUGCAGGAGCUCGGCGCAAACGCGAUUCGGAUGGCACACAACCCGCCAGCUCCAGAAUUGUUAGACCUUUGCGAUCAAAUGGGGUUCCUGGUUAUCAACGAGAUCUUCGACUGCUGGAAAGAGGGCAAAAGAGAUUUUGACUAUCAUUUGCUAUUUAAUGACUGGCAUGAGCCAGACUUAAGGGCGCUUAUCCGACGCGACCGCAAUCACCCCUCGGUCUUUGCGUGGAGUUAUGGGAACGAGGUCAUCGAACAGACGGACGACGACGCGGGUAGCGACAUCUCCUACGCACUGCGAGCUAUUGUGCAUCAGGAAGACACUACACGCCCUGGUACAUUUUCCAUGGACAAAGCGGCGCCGGCUUCAGAGCUUGCCUCCACAGCCGACAUGAUCAGCCUUAAUUACCAGGGCGAAGGCAUGCGAUACGGUCCUGCAUAUACGCACCUGACAUCGGGGACCAGGAAGACACCCCAAUACGGCCCCUUCCAUCAAGCCUAUCCCGACAAAUUGAUUCUUGGAAGUGAGGUCGCAUCGUCUCUUAGCCUGCGGGGCAGUUUUGUUUUCCCAGUCACUCCUUACAAUAGUGCCCCCGUUAACAAUACCUCUGGUGGUGAUGCUCAAACAUCUGCUGUGAGUGCAUAUGAGCUCUAUACUGCCGAGGCAGGUUCUUCUGCAGAUCGAGUGUUUCUCACCCAGGACCAAAACAAAUUCGUCGCAGGAGGAUUUGUCUGGACCGGGUGGGAUUACAUUGGCGAGCCAUACUGGUGUCGGUCAUGCCGCAGCGGGUAUUGGGGCAUUAUUGAUCUUGCAGGAUUUAAGAAGGAGCGUUUCUGGCUUUAUCAGGCACGCUGGCGACCCGACCUGCCCAUGGCACACAUUGUCCCUCACUGGAACUGGCCGGACCGGAGGGGAAAAGUUACCCCAGUGCAUGUCUUCACGUCUGGUGAUGAAGCAGAGCUUUUCAUUAAUGGUGACUCCCAAGGACGGUUAAAGCGGCAAGAAUUUGAGUAUCGGUUUAGGUGGGAUAAUGUUACCUAUGAGCCUGGUGAGGUUCGUGUGAUGACGUACAAGGAAGGGAAGCAGUGGGCGGAAGACACUGUCCGGACCACCAGCAACGCAACGUCUCUUCGGCUAUCUGCGGAUCGCUCACGCAUCUUGUCUGAUGGCGAGGACUUGUCUUUUCUCAGCGUUGAAAUCGUGGAUAGCAGUGGGCAGAGAGUACCGAACGCAGAUAACAAGAUCAAAUUCUCGAUCUCUGGCCCUGGGAAGCUGUUGGCAACUGAUAAUGGGUUCCCUGCAGACUACACCUCAUUCAAAUCCCCCGAGCGAAAGGCUUUCAAUGGCCUAUGUCUCGGUAUCAUCUCUUCGCUGCCUAGCAAUGUGGGGAAAAUCACCGUGAAAGUCGAGAGUGAUGGCUUGGGAUCUGCUGAGAUUCAGCUGGUGGCUGUCUAG